AUGAGGUACAGCGCCCAGCCCCAGGACAUGAGCUACCCGGAGGAAGGCGUGGAGUUCCUCCCGGCCAUGAACUCCAAGCAGAUGGAGAAGCGCGGCCCGAAGCGGCGCGUGGUCGUCGCCGUCGUGAUCGUUGGUUUCCUGCUCGUCUCCCUCACCACCGGCCUCCUGGUCUGGCACUUCAAAUACCGGAACGCUCCUGUCCGGAAGGUUUUCAAUGGCCACUUGCGGGUUCUCAACUGGGAUUUCCUCGACGCUUACGAGAACUCCAGCUCGCCCGAGUUCAUCAUGCUGGCCAAGAAAGUGAAGAGCACGGUGGAGGACAUCUACAGGAACCAUGAAGAUAUUGGCCCUUACCACAAAGAGACAGUGAUCACGGCGUUCAGCGAAGGCAGCGUCAUUGCCUACUACUGGUCGGAGUUCCUCGUCCCCAAGUACCGGGAGCAGCAUCUGGACCGGGCGAUGGCCGACAAGCAGAGCCUGGUCCAGCAGUGGAACCCUCGCCUGCGCAACCCCACGCUGAAGGUGGAGUCGGUCGUCGCUUUCCCUGCCGACCCCACCAUAGCUCACUCCGCUCGCAACAACAGCUGCAUCUUUGCCCUCCAUGCCAAGGAAGGGGAGGUGACGAGUUUCACCACGCCGGGCUUCCCCAACAGCCCGUACCCCAACAACGCGCUCUGCUACUGGACGCUGAGGGCGGACGCCGACUCCGUCAUCAGCCUGACCUUCAAGACGUUGGAGCUGGAGCAGUGCACGGACGGCGGUGACUACAUCAAGGUGUACAACUCCCUGAGCCCCGUGGAGCCCCACGCUCUGGUGAGGCUCUGUGGGAAUUACGCCCCGUCCUACAACCUCACCUUCCUGUCCUCCCAGAACGUCAUGCUCAUCACUUUGGUAACCAACAAGGAGGGGAGAUUCCCGGGCUUUAAAGCGGAGUUUUUCCAGCUCCCCAAGGCUCAAGCCUGCGGCGGCACUCUGAGAGGAGAGAGCGGCACCUUCACGACUCCCUAUUACCCGGCACACUACCCGCCGGCCAUGGAUUGUGUGUGGAACAUCGAGGUUCCCUCUAAAAAGAACGUGAAGGUGCGUUUCAACAUGUUCUUCGUGCUGGAGCCCGGCGUCCCCGUGAGCUCCUGCCCCAAGGACUACGUGCAGGUCAACAGCACGAGGUACUGCGGCGAGCGCUCCCAGUUUGUGGUGGCCAGCACUACCAACAGGAUAGAGGUGCGGUUCCACUCGGACCAGUCCUACACAGACACCGGCUUCUCUGCCGAGUACCUCUCCUACGACUCCAGCGAUCCCUGCCCCGGCAAAUUCACCUGCAACACCGGCCGCUGCAUCGACAGGAGCAUGCGCUGCGACGGGUGGCUCGACUGCGUGGACGGCAGCGAUGAGAGAUCCUGCACCUGUACCAGCCAGCAGUUCAGGUGCCAGAACGGCUGGUGCAAGCCCAAGUUCUGGGUGUGCGACAACGUCAACGACUGCGGCGACAACAGCGACGAGCUGCAGUGCAGCUGCGCCGCCGACAGCUUCAAGUGCUUUUUUUGGAAGUGCGUCCCCGGCGCGCAGAAAUGCGACGGCAAGGACGACUGCGGGGACGGGAGCGACGAGGGCAGCUGCAGCAGCGCGGUCCGCACCACCGUGCCCUGCAAGGAGCACACGUACAAGUGCCGCAGCGGGCGCUGCAUCAGCAAACAGAACCCGGAGUGCGACGGGGAGCAGGACUGCGAAGACAAUUCUGACGAGGACAACUGCAACUGCGGGAUCCGCUCCUACACGAGGAAGUCGCGCAUCGUGGGCGGGCAGAACUCGGACGUGGGAGAGUGGCCCUGGCAGGUGAGCCUCCACGUCAAGGGCCAGGGCCACAUCUGCGGCGCCUCGCUGGUCUCGGAGAGCUGGCUGGUGUCGGCGGCGCAUUGCUUCCUGCAGCUGCAGGGCAUCAGGUAG